AUGACUUCAACCGCUACAAAUGAGCCGAACAAAUUGCGUCGCCAGGACGUUUGGCGAUCAAAUAACACGUGUAUGAUAUGUCAAGAUCUGUGCAAAACGCGCAAGGACAAAGACAAACAUGAACAACAAGUGAAACACAAGAAGAAACUGCUUAUAUACGAUUUUUUCGCCAAAGAAGUGCCCUCAUUUCAACCGUUCAGUGGGUCGUCUGUACUUGUGAAGCGAUACACAGCUUGCGGAGAGCGAUACGUUGGCCUGGAAUGUUUACACGAGCUGCACUUCUCAUUUACUUCCGAGCCAUGGUGGGCGUGCUCGAUUUGUUACGAAUCUGGAGCUCUCAUGGAACAGGCAGACAUGCAUCUCGGCUCGAUGUCCCAUAUUACCACUUACUUGGAUGAAUUUCAUUCCAAUAAGAUGUUGCAUUUGAAAAUGGAUGGCGAUCCGCUCAAGGUCUAUGAAGAUGUAAAGCGCGUUUGCGACGAGGUUUUUGAAGAAGAAGGUGGGGAAUAUACGCCUCCAGAGUGUAUAGUGAUGGAUGCGAGUAUUACGAAAGUGGCUGCGAUGACAAAACUCGCUGUAGAUUCCAACCGUUGUAGACCGUCUUACAUACUGCAUACGGAUUGUACGUCGAGGUCGAAGGAACCACGCAAAAUCUUGCAGUGUUUGGUAUGUCGACAGCUUAUUGCUUGCAAUAAUGACCUUUUGAGCCGAAUUUGGGACGUGCAUGAGCUUUCACCGAGCCAUCGCCAAGCAGUGGCUGUUAAGAUGCUGCUAGAGCAGUUUGAAGUCACGUUUGAAUCUGGUUACGAUACGGUGACACCAACGCGACCAUUCAAAUGGAAGGUAGUUAAUGACAUACAUUAUGGACCAAUGUGCGGAAUUGAGUUCCUAAAAAGGGCAACUUUUGUGAACUUUGCGGGUGUGCCGUUCAAUCUGUGGAAGAACAUUUUUCCUGCGAAAGCCACAUCAUGCAGUUUUUGGUUUGUGAUCUUAUCGCCCUACUUUCAUGUAUCCACUAUUCUAUAA